CCGGAGCCUCAGUCGCAACUUCUCCUCUAUCCAUUCAUUCCAUCAUCCUAUAAUGCAGUAAUAAGAGCCUCCUGCGGCUCAUAUAAAUAUGAUUUUGGGCUUUAAUCAUCAAGAGAUAUGUCUUGAUUCUUUGUCCGUUGCCUCUGAUGGGGUAUCUCAUCUCAAGGGCAGAAACACAACACACCCUGGGGCCUCUCAAGGCCCCACUGUAAUCAUGGACUCUGCGCAACCGCUGAAUCCCCCUUCUCUCCUCAACACCUCGGGGAGCAAUACUAAUCCAGCAUCAAGUUCUGCAUCAUCCGUGGUCCUCAAGUCCUCGGUAAAAAACCCCAAGACCGAGAUGGCCCUCUUACUUGAAAACCUGGACUCUUUCAUUGCUGUUGGUGUUUUGGAGAAGCCGAGUGCAGAUCUCGAGGGUAUCAGCCCUGCCAAUGGAUUAUUCCCUGGUGCGGAAAUUGCCAACUUAGAGAAGCACAACUGGAUAAGGACUACCACGCACGAGAAGCAAACCAGUAAUGUUUCUUAUGUCCGCGUUUAUGUUCUGCCUGACGAUGUUGGACGGAAGUUCAUCCCGCGGUCUAACACCGGGCUGAGAAGAGCGCUCAAGAUCGUGAUGUCGAGGGUGGAUCCUUCGCCUAAGGCUUGGGCCGGGGAAGAGAUGUCGGAUGAGAGGAUAGUGAAUUUUUCUCCCGUGAGCGCCGAUGAUGAGUCUCUGUGGUAUAUCUUCAAUACUCUCCAGGACCCGAGCCCUGCCGUGGAGAUGAUGCGGAACCCUUAUGCCAAACAAGCCAUGCAGGAUAUGCUUUCCACCACUUCUCCCUAUCAAAGUGAGGCUGAAGAUGGAAAGACAUUCACUGGUGUUUUGGGGCUCACGACUCCGCUGUAUCCUUAUCAGCGCCGUUCCGCGGCCACAAUGAUUCAGCGCGAAGUACAACCGCAUCAAAUGCUGGAUCCACGACUACAGCCUUGUAUGAGUCCGACAGGCCAGGAAUACUACUAUGACAGAGAAAGGGGGAGUAUUGUACGGGAGAAGAAAAUGUAUUCGGAGGCCAGUGGAGGGAUUUUGGCAGAGACUAUGGGCUGCGGCAAAACUUUGAUUUGUCUGGCUGUGAUUUUGGCUACUCGUGGCCACUUCCCGCAAAUCCCCCUUGAGUAUCAGUCUAUGCAAAACACAGAGAGGCCUCGAACAGGUAGCCUUGUUGAGAUGGCGGCGGCAACUGCUGGUCGGUUGUCCGUGCCGUGGAAAGCUCAUUUUGACCACUUGGCUAAGAUGGGAGAGGUUUACGAUAGGUGCAUUAAAGCCUGCGAGGCCAACCGUGGCUCGUACGCUAUUACUGCUCCGACAGGGAGAUAUACAGGCCGUACAACGGUCGAAUACCCUCGUUUGGCUGAGCAGCGCAUCCAACUUUGCUCUGGGACCUUAAUCAUCGUGCCUCCUAACCUCCUUGAUCAUUGGGUAAGCGAAAUCGAGGUGCAUACAGAGGGCCUGAAGGUUCUUAAAUUGCAGAGCACUGCAGAUGUGACUCCGUCGUCAGAAGACCUUUUCGCAUACGAUAUUGUUCUCUUUUCGAAAACCAGAUUCGAGAAAGAGGCAGAUGACAAGAAAAUUUCACCAUUGACAAAACUGCAUUGGUUGAGGAUUAUCGUCGAUGAAGGACACAACGUGGCUGGCCACGGACAGAAAACGGUUAUGACACAUCUUCUUGAUCAGAUUCGUGUUGAGAGACGAUGGGUCGUAUCUGGGACUCCGUCCAGCGGGCUGUACGGAGUUGAAGUCAGCUUGGCCUCUCAGGAAACACACACAACCGACACUGAUUUGACUGAGGCGACCACGGCCGUGCUCCGGGGGAGGAAGAAGACCGGGAAAGCUGUCGAUAAUGAGUUGAAAGACCUGGAUAAGCUACGUCUGAUAGUUGUCGAAUUCUUGGGUCUCAAGCCCUGGUCCAACUCUAGGAACGACGAUCCCGCCAAUUGGACGACGUAUAUAAAACCCGUUGGGCCCGAUGGAAAGCGACGAAAGGCUCCGUCUCUGCGAGCGACCUUACAAAGCCUAGUUGUUCGCCACCAGUUGGAUGUAAUCCACAAUGAGAUUCCCCUCCCGCGGCUGCACAACAAAGUGGUGCAUCUAGAACCAACAUUCUACGACAAGCUGAGUCUGAACUUGUUCAUCUUCAUCCUUGCCGUCAACGCAGUCACGUCAGAGAGACAGGACCAAGAUUACAUGUUUCAUCCACGGAACCGCAAACAUCUCAGUCGUGUUAUUAGCAAUUUGCGACAAGCCGGUUUUUGGUGGGCGGGCUCGGAUUUUGAGUUGCAAGGGACCGUCGAUGUCGCUGUCAAAUACCUUGAGGACAACAGGGAGAAGAUGAGCAAAUACGAUAUUGCAGUUCUUAAGCAAGGAAUUGGAAUUGCCCAAACUGCACUCGACUCUGGUGGCUGGAAUGGAUUUAAGAAGAUGCAUGAGUUGGGAGUUUUUGUUUCCAAUUUCCCAUCAGAGGCACGGAAUUUCUGGGCGUUAGAUCCGGCUCAAUCUCAUCGGGAGCCUUUGCUGCUAGGAAUAUCUCAAGCGCGUUUGGCCCAACAGUUUGUCACAAAGCAUUUAGAAGCUGGCGAUCCGGCCGAGGGCUUAGCUGGUGCGGGUAUCAAGAUCCGUAGCGAGCUGUCCAACCGUGAGGGAUUUGACACCUCAGCUACGCCCAAAAAGACUACCCCUGAAAGUCCAGUCAAGAGCAAGGCCAAGGAUACCUUUCUGAAAGGAUUUUACCAGGAACUGUCUCCGGAAUCACCGCUCAUCCGGACCAAGCUGAUCGCUACAGCAUCAGCUAAGUUAACCUACCUGCUAGACCAGGUUCAGGAACACCACAAGGAGGAAAAGAUUAUCAUCUUCUACGACAACAACAACUCGGCGUACUGGAUUGCUGAAGGCCUUGAACUCCUCGGAAUUGAUUUCCGUAUCUACGCCAAUACCUUGAAACCAGCGCUUCGUGAAGAAUAUCUUACCUUGUUCCGCGAGUCCGAACACGUCCGCGUGCUGCUAAUGGAUCUUCGUCAAGCCUCUCAUGGUCUCCACAUUGCACACGCAUCGAGGGUCUACAUAGUCAACCCUAUUUGGCAGCCAAAUAUCGAGAGCCAAGCAAUCAAACGUGCCCACCGCAUUGGACAAACCCGUCCUGUAUUCGUCGAGACUCUCGUCCUCCGAGGCACGCUGGAAGACAAGAUUCUUCAACGCCGAAAGGCAAUGUCCGACACGGAAAUACAGAACGACCUAUUAGACGACAGUACCAUGAGUUCAAUAAUCCAAAACGAAAGCUUCAUUCCCAUGCCGUUCCAUGAAGGCUUGGCAUCUCUCGCAUAUCUUAGCCACCCUACAGGCCUUUUUGACAGGCACCGUCUCCCGAUUCCUGAUAAUGCUGGAGCCAAUACCGGAGCGGUGCCUGAGUACAAAAUCCCCACAACGCCAUCGAAACGAAGACGCAGUGUUAACCUAGGCUUUGACUUGGAGCCCGACCUUCUCUCGCCAAAGCGGCGACGAACUCCCCCGCGUUUGCAAUUUCGCGAUGCGAAUGGGAUAAUCAUGGAUUCGCCGAGUCCACGACGGAGUGUCACUCCUACUCGCCACCUUACAAGCCUCAAAUCCUCCAGGAGAAGAGACAUAGAAAUAGACAAGAAAAGGUCGCAAAAAACCAUGCCAAAAACAUCCAUAAUCGCCCUCUCAGGACCCUCCUCAAGCGGGAAAACUACCCUCGCCCGACUUCUCCAGCGCAUCUUCUCCAACCAUCCACAGCAGCAUCUAUCAACGUUUAUAAUCCACGAAGAUGACUUUUACCAUCCUGACGACAAGAUCCCUUACACAACAACACCCUCUGGCACCCCAAUCCAAGACUGGGAUUGCCUUGAGGCAUUGGACAUCAACUUCCUAACCUCGGCACUCCGUUACGUCCAUGAACACGGGCAUCUCCCACCCCGGCUACGCUCAAAGGAGGACCUAAAUGAUGUUACCCCUGGCUCGGGUGUUGAAGACGCGCUUGUUGAGGAAUUGAGAGGGUAUGUCUCUGAACGGGCCGGGAAGAUUUUAUCAUCUUCGUCGUCGUCUCCCGUAACGCUAGCGAUUCUGGAAGGGUUCCUCUUGUAUGCGCCUCCGCGAUCUGAGAAUGGAGGAGAAGGGCAUGGACUGCGCGGUGUACAUGACCAGAUCGAUGUGCGGUUUUUCCUGCCCGCGCCGUAUGAUCUUGUUAAGGAGCGGAGGGAGAAUAGGAGUGGGUAUGUGACUAUUGGGCCCGCGCCCGGACCGGACCUACCGCAGAGGUCAUCGGCCUCGGUCUCGGAUGAUGGGAAAGGUGGUGAGGAGGUGGAUUUAGAAAAGGAAGAUGACCGGCCACCGCAGAAUUUCUGGACCGACCCGCCAGGUUAUGUGGAUGAUAUUGUCUGGCCGCGUUAUGUGAGGGAUCAUGCGUGGUUAUUGCUUCCGGAGGAGGAGGCAGGAUCGGAGCCUCUGUCUUCUACUGAGAAUACAGACGAUCUGGUUAAGAGGGUUGGCCGGGGCAUCAACGUGAGGGCAGACGCUGGAGUCACUGUUGCUCCCGGCCAGGGUGCUCUCCCAAUGGCAGAUUUGCUGAAGUGGGCGGUUGAAAAAGUCUUGAAUCAUCUAGAAAAGAGCAACAGACUCGGUAACUAAAUAUACUCAUAAAUUUUUCUGGUGAUUAUUCAUAUACUCAUACUAAGCCCCC